UCUGCAGGAUAUAGAGAAAACCUUUGAACGCGCGGUAAAGAGCGUAGAGCGCUGAUGCGAUGCACUGUGUUAGCUCGGAGCGCGAAGCGCGGCGGCGUCAGCCAUUCGUCACGCCGCUUCAAGAAAAAAAACCGUCCGUGAAAACAUGACGUUAUGAUACAUCGCGCCAAUUCGCUGCCAUCCGGCACAGCGUUGCGCAAACAACAACGGUACGUCAUGAGUAUCAAGCUCAGCUGCUGCGGAUCGCUGAUGAAGAGCAUGGCUAGCAUCGGAUGUUUCGACCUGUGGAGGGCGCUGCUUGCUGAAUUCGUCGGCACGCUGCUGCUCGUGCUGCUCGCCUGCGGCUCCGGCGUGCACUCCGGUGCCGACCAACCCGCCUUCUUCAACGGCAUCGUCGGCAUCGCGCUCACGGCCGGCCUCACCGUCGCCACGGUCGUCUGGUGCGUCGGCGACGUCAGCGGCGCGCACAUCAACCCGGCCGUCACCGUCAGCAUGGUGAUGACGGGCAGAAUUCAGCUGCUCAAGGCCGUGCUUUACGUGCUCGUGCAGUGUGCGGGAGCGAUCUCCGGCGCAGCGUGCCUCGACGCCGUCACGCCGGCAAGCCUCAACAGCUCGCUGUCGGCCAACACGCUCGGCGCUGACGUCACGGCUGGUCAGGCGUUCAUCGUCGAGGCGGUCGUCACCUUCUUGCUGCUGCUGACCGUCUGCGCGGCGCUGGACACUGGCCGCACGCUCGGUGGCUCGGCGCCGCUCGCGAUCGGCAUCGCAGUCAUUAUCGGCCACCUGUUUGCCACAAUUUUUGUUUCUGGGUAUUGGGGUCUCCAGAUCCUUCCGCUUUGUGAGCGUCUGAUCGCUGGUGCAAACAGCAUGGGUGAUUACGAAAUGUUCCUCAAUGCAAUGCUAAUCCAAAUAAACUGA